AUCCGAAAAGCUCUCCCAUUUGUGUUGCGUGGAAUAUAAAAAUGUGAGCCAGCUUUGGAAUGGCCACGGCUAUUUCUCAGUGGUCCGCGAGCUUACUUCGCUCUCUUCCUCGAUUCGCUUCACUUUCUCUCCCUUUAUCAUCAUCAUCAUCUUUUCCUCUUCAUCGUCUCAAUCGCUUCACUCGCAAACCCCUCUCUCUCUCACCUAAACAAAAUUCAGUCUGCUUAGCAAUGGAUGGUUCUGUAGCCAGCCCUCUGAAGGAAUUUCCUGUGGGUUUAGAUGAGGCUACUGAAGAAGAAUUUUCUUCUCAGUCUAAAUUGCUUCAAGAAUUUUCAAGUAUCUCCAUCAUUGACAAGGCAUGGACUUUUAAGUCCAACAAUGGAAAAUGUUCUGAAGCUAUGUUUUCAAUUAGCCAGCCAAAUCUUUUGGCCAAUAAAAAGAGGAAACAUAUUUUAUCUAGUCAUAUUUUGAAAGAAAGUAAUGGUUCUGUAAGCUUUCAAUGGGCCCAAUUUCCUAUUGAAAUGACGGGAGUGUCUACGAUCAUUCCAUCACCAUCAGGCACAAAGCUUCUCGUGGUUCGAAAUUCUGAAAAUGAAACUCCUACUCAAUUUGAAAUUUGGGGAGCAUCUCAAGUGGAAAAAGAGUUCCAUAUUCCUCAUUCGACUCAUGGCUCUGUAUACUCAGAUGGAUGGUUUGAAGGAAUUUCUUGGAAUUCUGAUGAAACUCUAAUUGCUUAUGUUGCUGAGGAGCCUGCUCCUUCCAAGCCCACAUUUAAUGGUUUCGGCUACAAGAAAGGAGGUUCCGCAGAUAAGGAUUGUGGCAGCUGGAAAGGUCAAGGUGAUUGGGAGGAGGACUGGGGGGAAACCUACUCUGGAAAAAGGAGACCUGUACCUUUUGUCAUCAAUAUUAACAGUGGAGAGGUACGUGAUGUUGAGGGAAUCGGGAAGUCAUUGAGUAUUGGACAAGUUGUAUGGGCUCCAUCAACUAAAGGCUUGCAUCAAUAUUUGGUUUUUGUUGGAUGGUCAUCAUCUAAGGGGAGAAAGCUUGGUAUUAAGUACUGCUACAAUAGGCCUUGUGCCUUGUAUGCAGUCAGGGCUCCCUUUCAAGAAUACGGGGCCAAUGUACUUCAUCCCAAAGGUGAAGUGAAUGAAGAUGCAAGCGCACUUAAUCUUACCCAAAGCAUAAGUAGUGCUUUCUUUCCAUGUUUCAGCCCAGAUGGAAAGUAUCUUGUGUUUUUAUCUGCAAAAAGUUCUGUAGAUUCCGGGGCACAUUCUGCAACAGAUUCACUUCAUAGAAUUGAUUGGCCAACGGACGGAAAGCUGGAUCCAUCAGCAAAAAUUGUUGAUGUGGUUCCUGUUGUGAUGUGUGCUGAGGAUGAUUGCAUCCCAGGACUAUACUGUUCAGGUUUUCUUAGUAAACCAUGGCUAUCUGAUGGAUACACAAUGAUUUUAUCCUCCUACUGGCAUAGCACUCAAGCAAUUCUUUCUGUCAAUGUGGUGAGUGGUAAUGUAGUACGAAUCAGCCCUAGCGACUCAAAUUUUUCAUGGAAUGUUCUUACAUUAGAUGGGGACAAUAUUGUUGCUGUAUGUAGCAGUCCGAUAGAUGUUCCUCAAAUCAAGUACGGUUAUCCUGUUGAGGAGUCAUCUACAGUUCCAGCAUGGAGUUGGGCGGAUAUUUCAAGCCCCAUAUCAAGAUGUUCUGAGAAGGUUGGAACUUUGCUGUCAUCUCUUCAGUUUAGUGUGAUGAAGAUUCCAGUUAGGAAUGUUUCUGAGAACCUUUCCAAAGGUGCCAGCAAACCUUUUGAAGCUAUAUUUGUGUCCUCCAAGUCCAAGAAGAGUGAUGCAUGUGAUCCACUAAUUGUAAUGCUUCAUGGAGGGCCGCACUCCGUCUCUUUGACAACCUUUUCAAAGUCCUUGUCAUUCUGUCCUUCUAUUGGUUACAGCUUGUUGAUUGUAAAUUAUAGAGGUUCUUUGGGAUUUGGUGAGGAAGCAUUACAAUCUCUCCCAGGAAAAGUUGGGUCUCAGGACGUCAAUGAUGUACUCACUGCCAUUGAUCAUGUUGUUGGCAUGGGACUCGCAGAUCCUUCUAAAAUAGCUGUGCUUGGUGGUUCUCAUGGUGGCUUUUUGACAACCCAUUUGAUUGGUCAGGCGCCAGAUAAAUUUGCUGCGGCAGCUGUAAGGAAUCCUGUUUGUAACCUUGCUCUGAUGGUUGGUACUUCUGAUAUUCCUGAUUGGUGCUAUGUGGAGACUUGUGGAAGUGAGGGGAAAACUAUCUUUACUGAAGCACCUUCAGCUGAACACCUAUCUCUUUUUCACAGCAAGUCUCCUAUUUCACACUUGUCGAGGGUCAAAACACCUACACUUUUUCUUUUAGGUGCUCAGGAUCUUCGUGUUCCAAUUUCCAACGGAUUACAAUAUGCACGGGCCCUAAAGGAGAAAGGAACUGAAGUUAAAGUGAUUGUAUUUCCCAAUGAUGUCCAUGGAAUCGAAAAACCACAAUCUGAUUUCGAAGGCUUCCUCAAUAUUGGAGUGUGGUUCAAGAAGUAUUGUAUAUAAGCAGAGGCAUUUCUAAUCAGACAAUCAAGUAAAAAUAUUCUAUUUGAUACUGCAAUUUAGUAUGAAUUAUUUGCUUAAUCAAUUUCGUCUAUUCUCCAUGCCUUCGAUGAAAAUUUACUCUUUAUAUUUUCAUUAAAUGUAAAAAAUAUUGUAUAGAAAUUUUAUUGUUCAGGUACUGAUCUACAUUAUCUCAUUUUAAUUAUUGAAUCA